UAGUAAUACUUUGCUUUUCGGUCAAGUUGAAAAAAUACGACAAAACCUUCGAGAUAACGUAUUUUCUUUAUUUAUUGACGCAACUAAAUUUUGUCAUGGGUUUGUCCGUCUGUACAGCUGUCACCACUGUCACCCACCACCCACCUCGCAAAUAAGCGUGGCUGAUGACCCCUCCUUUUUGUUGUGACUAAGGAAUGUUUGUAGCUAUGGAGGACUGGAAGCUCCUCGUUCAGAAUGAAUGAUUAUUUAUUUAGGAAACUCUUGGGCAGCCUUUCAUUCUGUUCCAAGAAAUGUCUUUGGUAGACGGACCAAGAAUCACUGCUGAUGUUAGUUUGCCCUAUGUCAACAUUCCACUUUAUCACAUUCAACAGAAGUAUAAUUGGGAUUGUGGAAUAUCUUGUGUUUUAAUGGUGCUCCCUGAGGAGAAAAGGAAAGAUCUCCUUAAAAAUUUUACUGAUGUUUGUGCUGAUGAAGGUUUUUUCAAAAGUACUUGGACUAUAGACCUGUGCUAUUUAUUGCUGCGAUAUAACAUACCUCACAAAUAUUGCACGAUUACUUUGGGCGUACAUCCGGAUUAUGUCAAUCAGAAUUUCUAUGACAAAAUACUGCUCAAGGAUGAAGUACGAGUUAACAAAAAGUUUGAACAAGCUGCUAACAGGGGCAUGUCUAUAAGAAAAGCAUCACUCUCUGAUGUUGAUUUGCAACAUCAUUUGUCUGAAUGUGGACCAAUAAUAUUGCUGACAAAUGCAAAUUUAUUACAUUGUCAAGUAUGUAAUAGCUCGCGAUCGUUUUCGGAUGAGCUAAAAGCAUGUCUGCCAUGGAGAACUGGAAAUUCCAGUGUCAAAGUACCUGUUGAAUAUCAUGGACACUACAUUGUCCUAUGUGGUUAUAAUAUGUCGGAGCAGAGCUACUUAUAUCGAAAUCCAACUUAUAAAGACAAGAUCUGCUCUAUGACCUAUGAUGCUAUGACGGAGGCGAGAAAAAGUCAUGGAACUGAUGAAGACGCUGUUCUUAUUUUCCAACGCAAAUGGAUUUAGAAGAAAAGUAUUUAUUUUGUACUUGUCAAUUUUUUAACUUUAGUGUGUGUUAACUUAUAACUAGUCCCCAUAAAAAAAGCCGAUUUAGUAA